GAGCUCCGGGUUCGAAGGGAGCGCCACGUGGAAUUUUGCAUCUCGAGAGGUGCGGAGCCGGUUCCGUGGAGUAUCCAAGGGCUGGGCUGUUUUCCACGAGCUUUGUUGUAGGUCGAGAGAGGAGUGCCGAUGAGGCGAGCGGACUAACGGAGUCCCAGCCCCGACCGGGAGCGGUACCGCCCACCUGCUAGGAAGCAGCCGGGCAGAAAGCACUCCGGAGGCAGAGGCAAGCCGAUCUGUAUGAGUUUAAGACCAGCCUGGUCUACCUAGAGAGUUCCAGGGCAGACAAGACUACACAGUGAGAUUCCAUCUCAAGAAAAAUUAGGAAAAGGACAAGUUCAAGAAGAGUGAAUGUGAUGUAUUGAAGAGUUCCUGAGAGUGGGAGAGGUUCCAAGUGAGGAAUACCCACCUGGAGGUUCCUUUUAUCUCUACUAAGUGAAGAGGAUGGGUGAUGCUGGUCCCAGAAUGGAAGUGUGUCCUUAUUGUAAGAAGCCAUUUAAGCGAUUAAAAACCCACUUGCCACACUGUAAGAUGAUAUCUGCUGAUCGAAAAGUAUAUCAGUCCAAGCCAGCUACACUUUCACGUGCUACAAAAGAGAAGAGUCCUACCAAAGACCCAACCAAAGCUAAAAGGAAAGGGCUAGAGACAGAGAGUGCAAAAGGAAACGUGAAGUCAGAAAAGGGCAGAUCAGCAUGGACAGCUGCCACCUUUCCCCUGACGGCGGAUGUGUUGGAAAGAGCGGGUAGAGCAGAGGCAGGAGGAGAAACCAGAGAUCAAAAUCAGCUCUCCUUCCAGGCACUCAAACGUGCCACGCCAAAGGUGGCUCUGCAGAGAGUCAUGAACCCUCAGGCUCGUGCGUCAGACACCCCCUCUCCUCAGACAGAACUUGCCAGAGAUGUGACUGGAUCCAAGGGAAGUCCAUGUCAUCCCUCAGAGACCAAAGCAUCUGUACAGGUCAGCUCAAUGGCACCAGUUUUAUCUAAUCAAGAUAGAACAUACUCCUCAGGUCAGCCUCAUGCUAAACCAGCCACUUCUGCAAGUCUGAAAUUGGACACACUCGAUCCCCAAAGAGAGAAGCUUCUGGCAAAAUUCUUAGAUGUACCUGUUAGUGAUUGUCAUUCUCCAAAGAAUGGCAGCCAUGGGGUUCAGAGAGGAGGACCCUCAGUGUUGAGCAGGGAGAGCAGUUCCCGAGACGGAGGCCACCUCUCGGGAGUCUCUCCCAACCCUGCCAAUGCUGAGACUCAGCAGACGUCAGAAUCUCUCCUCUCGGGCCUUCACACCGCUCCACAGGCUAAAGCGCGAGUCAGAGAGCGCCCGGAACUUGGCCUCAGAGCAGAAGUGUGCCACAGCAAGGGAAAUACUGAGACCAGCAUGUCUGCCACAGAAGUACAGGAACAGGCUGACUUAGGCCUCGGUGGUAAAGACCCCAUUUCACCCACAAAGGCAAAAGCAGAGGCAGCCCUUGCACUUUUGGACGUAUUUACUCCACCAGAGGGAACUUCGAAUAAGCUUCUCUCUGUACCAGAAUCAGGGCGCCAGUGCCUUGCCUCUCUGGCUGUGAAGUCUCCUCCAGAAGACAAAACCCAAUUCUAUGGCCAGAGUCAAGUCCCUGCCAUACCGCUAUUAGUGGGAAGCAAGAGGGACGUUCUGGAACCCACGUCUUUCCGCCAACCCCAUGCAGCCCAGACAGGGUACCACAUACCAUCAUAUUCAGCUCCUUACCCUGUUUCUAGAAGCUCCCUCAUCAGUCAUGUUGCUGCUGCUGACUCAGAGGCUCCUCCCCGGUCCGUGGGACUGGAGUGGUUUCCAGAACUCUAUCCUGGUUAUGUUGGUCUAGGAGUAUUGCCAAGGGGGCCUCAGCAUUGGAACUCAGUGUCUCACAUGCCUCCUACCACUUCCGCGGGUGCGAGUAUCUCGAAAGUUCCUUGGUUGGGACGAAGUUCGGCUGAUAGCGGGAGUUUGGAACCCCUGGCGCUUACAACUUCCAGCUUCCCUCUAACGAGGCUCUUGGGAGCUGUGCACAAAGGCUGGGUGAGGUGCAGUACCACCAUAAAGAAGAGCAGUGUUGGGGGCCUCACAAUGCUCUUCGCUGGCUACUUCAUCCUCUGUUGUAGCUGGAGCUUCAAGCAAAUGAAGCUGCAGCGCUGGCGGAAGUGAUGAGCACGUCGGGGCCACCGAGGGUGUGACAGAGACAGCUGCAGGACGUCUUUAAAUGUGUACCGGGGCGGGAGGGUGCGAAUAAUAAAACGGCUGAAACCAC